UUCCAGCGACUGGUGUUGAUGCUCAACUACUCGUUAUUAACAGUGUUGUUCAACUCCUAUUUACUUAAUAAAAAUUUGUGGCUUAUUACUGCAUACAAAGAGCGCUUUGGUCUGAUGCAUGCUUCAACUGUAUCGAGUAUUAUAACUGGUAUCAAACCGCUAAUUAAUAUUUUUAUCAUCAGCUUACUAGCUUUUCGUGUUCGGCAACAUCUUCGUCUGAUUAGGACACUGGACAUGGUAGAUGUCUGCUUUCGUAAUGCAUUUCAAUUAACGCCACCUAUUUGCUGCUACACAUUCGUGUUUUUUAUAACCGUCGCAUUUUUUUCUAUUGUACCAUUCGGUUCCAGUAUGAUUCAUGACACAGCUUUUAUCAUCGUCCCUACAUUGACAUUAUGGAAUAUCAUACCUCUUCUCUAUUACAAUCUCUACAACCAAAUCGUUCGAUUUUAUUGCAAGACCCUCAUAGAAUCUUUGACUAAGAAGCAUCGAAAGCGACACUUUAGUUUAAAAUUCUAUUAUGAACAAUUUCUUCGUAUCACAAAUGUGCAGGAAGCGGUGGGAAAUUUGUUUAAUCCGUUCAUACUUUUUUCAUUGGCUUGGUCAAUGCUGAUUCUCUGCUUGACUAUAUAUUUUAUUACCCAACCACAUUCGAGCCUUCUGGAACCCAUAACACCGGAGCAGAUUACGGUACCGGAUAUUAGGCGUCGAUUAACACGUAGUGUUCACUUCACAAUCUGUUGGGCAGGAUUACAAGUACUAGUGGCAUUAAUCCAUAUUUGUGUCAUAUGUCAUACAGGAAUGAGUACGAACGAAAUGACACGCUGUAUUGUGAAUGCUGUUCUGCGAAUUGUUCCAGAAGCAAAUGUGGAUCUCGAUCGAUUUCUAAUUUCUUGUUUUGUACACAAAUUGUCCACUCAGUUCAUGUGGGGAAUGACUGUAUGGCGUGCUUUUCCUCUUGAACGAACGACUUUCUUCACGCUAGUAUCCGUGAUUGUCACCUAUGCAUUUCUGCUCUUGAAGUUGAAAGAGAAUCCGGCUAUGACUCCUAUAACUCGCUCAUUUAUCUUUCAUAACGGGACUAUUUUCACUACAAUUUCUCCUUAG